AUGAUAUUUAUCAAUACGAGGCCAGUGGACGAGAACGCGCAGUGCGAAAGACGGCCGUCCAAGGCGCCGUCCCAUCAGAACAUGAGUCCCUACGAAGCGGCACCUCAAAUGGCGGUUUAGUUCUGGAUCUUGAGAAAGUCAUGGUUGCAUGGUAGUGGCGAAACAGCUGCUAGAAGUACAAAAAUUCCAAAAAAGUCCCAACUUUCAUCUGUUUCUGUUCGUACUGUAUCCACCAUCCUAAUUUGAAAGAAUGCUAGGGAUUUUUCUGAAAAUGGCCAGGACUCUUCUUGAUUCACCAGUUGAAGAUCCUCAACGUGGCCCCUAGAGGGUCAACCUUAGGAACCCUUAGAAGGUCCCUAGAGGGUCUAGGGAUUACUUAAGAGUGAACUUUCGACCUUAUUUUGGGAAAUUUUCAAUUUACCGUAAGAUUUCCUAAAAAGGUGGUGGUUACUGUAGGCAUCUUGAAAAAAUGACCAAAAGCUAUGAAGCUGAGCAAUCUUUAAAAAAGUGAAAAAUUUUGGAUUUCCCAAACUUUCAGAGCGUCUUGAUAAAGCUCCAAAGAGGAUAGAGUGACAGUAAGAAAAAGAUUACUGUAGCUAUUAGAUUUGAAAAUUCUUUGUAAGGGAGACCUUAGGGCAUUCGAAGGCUCCGCUUUAGGGACCAUUUUACCAACCCCUAUAGGAGUCACUAAAGCUUGCAAAAGUGGUCCCUAUAGGCGUUUCAGUUAGUGGCCCCUUUAGAGGACAUGCUUGUCGAGAAUUGCUAUGAGCUUUAAGUGAAGAAGCAUUUACAUGAGAACAACUGAAUAAAUAAGCGUUUUUUGAAUGAAAUUGAAAGACCCCUAUAGGGUCCACUUGAGCUUUAGGGUCGGACCCCUCAGCUCCCUAUAAGAACCACCUUGAUUUUAGCCCUAUAGGGACCACUUUUUCGACCCCUAUAAGGGUUGUUUUCCCCUCUAACCCCUAUGGGGACCACUCUGGAAUCCCUAAUAACUUUCAAAUUUUUGAGCAAGGACAUUUUGAAAUUUAAAAAAAAGUGAGCCCCUGAAGCUCAAUGGUUCUAUAGAGUCUUCCAAUCCAUGUUCAGAUAUGAUAAAUUUUAAAAAAAACUUGAUAAAUUGGUCCUCUGUUGAUACUUUUCAUUCAAAAAACGCUUAUUUUUUGAGUUUUUCACCUGGAAAUGCUUCUACUUCAACAACAUCGACUAUCAUGUCCCCUAAACCCCUCUAGGGACCACUUUUGCAAGCUUUACUGGUUCCUUUAAGGGAGGUGAAGUGGCCCCUGGAGGGAAACCUUCAAGGGCCCUAGGGUUACCCCUAUAGGGGCCACUGCGGAGUUCCUAAGAAAGCCGCUUGAAGUAGAAGAUCGAUAGGAUUUGAACUGAAAAUUUAAUUUGGGAUUUUUGAAAUUUCUACAUAUUACGUCACUUCCCCAACACACGAUUAAGACGGAAAAAUAUCAGUCAAUUAAUUUUUCCCAUGACGUCACAGCCUAGGGUUGCCCCUAUAGGGACCACUGUAGAAGAAGAGUUCCAAGAGUUGGACUGUAACUUCAAAAAGGGGAUUAAUUUUUGAGUUUAAAAACUCUGGAUCUCAAGAAAUCAUAUAAGAUUAGACAGGAAAUAAAACGGUUAAUCGAUUUUCCCAUGACGUCACAGCCUAGGGUUGCCCCUAUAGGGACCACUGUAGAAGAAGAGUUCCAAGAGUUGGACUCUAACUUCAAAAAGGGGAUUAAUUUUCGAGUUUAAAAACUCUGGAUCUCAAGAAAUCAUAUAAGAUUAGACAGGAAAUAAAACGGUUAAUCGAUUUUCCCAUGACGUCACGACGUUUUCAGAGACUCGCCCUGUCGCUGAUGCUCUUCUACGUACUGGUGUCAGUGUUCCCUUGCAUCCUGUUCUACCCGAUCUCCUUGCUCUCGUUGGUCAUCCCCGUCCUGUCCAUCUUCUUCGCUCUCUGCGCCAUGCGACGGGAUUCUCAGUCGAAUCAGUGGCCUUUCUUACUGAUCGCUGUGAGUUUCAAGCUGAAAAUUGCCUUUGAACUCAGCUUGAGCUUGGCUUUUCUAUUGGUAGCCAAGAAUAUUCGAUUUUGAAGUUUUGAACGGAGAGAUAUAGAUUUAUCAAUAGAGCACACUUUCCGAUAAUUUUAUGGCAGGGAUUUUUUGAAUUAUUUUACCUUGAACCCCUACUAUUUUUCUUUAAUUUCCCCGUAUUCAGGUCGUUGGAAUCCUUCUGAAAAUUGCCGCAAUAGUCGUAUAUAUUUCACUAUUUCCCGUGAGAGACAAUCUACGGAAAACUGGAGGCUUUUUGGCCAAAAAUACUGGUAAAUCGAAUAAAAAAUUGAAACACCUGCGAAACUUCCAGUAAAAACUGAAGCCGAUUCCCGGCAUUACCGGACAGUCUUCUUCAUAAUUCUCGUCGCGAUCGAAUGUUUUCUGCUGAUUAUUGGCGGCUGCCUCAAAUGGCACAUGGUCACGUUUGAACAACGCGACGAUCGGCAUAAAAGGGUCGGUUAUGAAGAAAAUUAGCUCUAUUGGUCGCUCAAGAGGUUCCUUGAGAAGUAUUUUGAGGGGACACUAAAGUGGCCACGUCUUAGUGACUACUGUACUUGUUUUAGUAUUCUAGUAGUACCAGACUUCUAAAGAAGCCCCUAAGUUUUAGCCACUUAAGAGGCGACUGAUUCGAAUACUAUAGUGGUCACUAAAAUGUCGAAAUACUAAAGCGGCCACUAAAAAUUUCCCCAGUAGAUCUAAAAUCAACUGAAAGAACUUUCGAGAAAAUGGCAAAAAUUGUUUGACGAGGAGAGGAUUCGAUCUCGUGACCUUUAAAACACGGUUUGAAUUUUAAUUCUACCUAUUCUGCUUCGAAUCUUCUUUCCAUGAAUCAAAACUCGAUUGGUAGAACUUUUAAAAAAUGGCAAAAAUUGUUUGACGAGGAGAGGGUUUGAACUCUUGACCAUUAGAACAGAGUUUGAGCUCCAAUCUAACUAUUCUGGUUUGAAUCUUCUUUCCACGAAUCAAAAAAACGAUUGGUAGAACUUUUGAAAAAAUGGCAAAAAAAGAAUUUGACCAGGAGAGGAUCUGAACUCGUGACCAUUAGAACACCUUUUGAAUUUCCUUUCUACCUAUCCUGGCUCGAAUCUUCCUUCCAUGUCAAAAAUUGAUUGACAGGACUUUCGAAAAAAUGGCAAAAAUGUCUUUGACGAGGAGAGGAUCUGAACUCGUGACUAUUUGAAGACAGUUUGAGUUUCAAUAUAACUAUCUUGGUUUGAAUUUUCCUCACUUAAAUGGAAAAUAGGUUGGUAGAAUUUGUGAUAAAUGGCAAAAAAUGUCCGACGAGGAGAGGGUUUGAACUCGUGACUAUUUGAACAGAAUUUGAAUUCCAAUAUAACUAUCCUGGUUCGAAUCUUCUUUUCAUUUCCGAAAUUCAUUGGUAGAACUUUUGAAAAAAUGGCAAAAAGUGCUUGACGAGGAGAAGAUUUGAACUCGUGACCUUUUGAACACGUUUUGAAUUUAAUUUCUUCCUAUCCUGGCUCGAAUCUUCUUCCCGUCAAGGUAGACAAAUUACAGAAAGCCGUUUCAAAAAUCUUUUUGAAAAAAAUUGAUUUUUUUCUUACGAGAAAUGUUCAAAAAGGUUCAUUUGAGGUCCAUGUUCUCCUCUUUUUUUAAUUUUUUUUAAGGUUGAUUUUCUGAAACUUUUUUUCGGCUUUUUUUGAAACGUUUUAACUUCCUAAAAUAGCUGUAUAAUGAAAAACUUUAAAAAAAGGAUAUUUGAAUUUUUUUGUUUUUAAGAAACCCGUCUAAGGAAUUUCCACUUUUUUUCUGAAAUAUUCUCUUUUUUUUCAGCGCGCCACAUUGACGACGUCACGGCCAUUGAUCUCCGAACCGGCGUGA